GUCUAAAAACACGUUAUUAUCGCCCCUUAUUCUACUAACCUACAACGUCUCAAUUCAAGGGAUUAAUGACAAAUCCCCAGGUUUGUUCGUGAAAAGUGUAUCAUGGCCUAAGACGUGAGAUAUCGCCCGUAUCAAAGGAAAUAUCGGAAAGUUCACGCCCGGAGUCCCGGACAAUGACAGAGAACGGCUGAUUGGACUUGUGACUCAUUAUUAUCUAGUGAAAUUAUUUUUUAAGUGCUAUCAAUAGACAUUUUUGUCGACAGGAUUUAUUGAACGAUUGAAUUGUUUUUGUGCAAGUGACUGUGUAUUAGAUUAACACAUGUGCCUGUAAAUAUACAGCAACGUGUGUAUCCGGGUUGCAGCGGGGUCUGAAAUAAUAAUGGGAUGACAGCAAAUACGGAUUCAUGGAAAAGGUUUGGCGUCGAGUGGGCCUCCAUUCCUCCCGUAAGAAGAGGGAUGGAAGCGGCACAAGCCAAGAAGUGACUCCAGCCGCCCCCCCUGAAGCCGAAUAUCAGAACAUCCAUACGUUGAGAACAGCUGAUUUGAUACGGCAAAGACAGGGCGAGGAGAAGUCUACUCUCCGGUCCUCGUAUAUUAUCAGGAACGGCGAUAACUUUAUAUUGGUUGAGAGGAGACGUAGGCGGCGCCGCCGAAGCGGCACUCGUGCUUCUUCUGGGGGGAGACACCAUACUCCUCCGGUUGAAGAGACUACCCGCACGGAGCAGAAGCGUAGACCACCAGCGCGUCUUAAGAUCUUCGGGAUACAAUGGCCCUUGCAUUCUAGCGAGUCCAGGCACACGUCAAUAACCCGUCGUUUCUGCCGGGGGAGACGUUCGAGAGAAGACAACGAGCUCUAUCGCUCAAACAGCUUCAAGUUCGAGAGGUUCACCAGAGAGCCGCCGGCUGACGAGUUUGCUUCUGGUUCACAGGCGGCCCUCUGUGCUGACUACAGCGUACCUGUGGACUGCGUAGCCGCAGGCCCUGCCCCUCGCCCAAGCUCCUUCCAUGAGAUAUCUGCUCCUAAAGUUGAAUUCAUAGAAGCAUACUGCACGCCACGUGACACCGCCAGACGUUCCCCACUGCGCAGCCGCCGCUCCCGCGAGCCGCGCCGUUCGCCAGACACAUCCAAAUGGCGCUACGACACCCGCCGCGGCUACGACUUUGACUCGUCCCGUCGCCCGUACGACUACGACUCGCGUCGGUACUACGGUCGCGACUACGACGGCGAUUCGGGGAGACGCGCGGAGUUCGACGCGGAGUCCGCGCGACGUAGGGCGGACUACGAGUCGGCUAGGAGGACUGACUUCGACUUGUCAGCGCCUGGCGUGUCCAGGAGGAGUCCCGAGAGCGCUCCAGAAGGAUCCGCUGAUUCCCCGCCAGAACCGGCGCCGUCAGCGCCACUGAGACACGAGAGACAGGCCAGACACCGAUCUCAACAAUAUUACGAAUCAGAAACAUCAUCCGACGACAGAUCUUCAUCAUCAGAGGAAGAAGACGACGAAUUUGGUGAAUUCGAUCCUUUCGCCACUGCUCCGUCUUUACAUUCGCCUGACAGUGGUCGCUCAGACCCACGAUACGCGAACGCGCCACGAAGAAACCCAAGCCCUUACUACUACGGUGAUUUAUUCAAAACUGCGCCUCCGCCACCAGCGCCAUCAGCACCAACGGCUUCGACUACUUCGUCCUCGCGUGGUCCUAGAUACAGGAAGUCUGCCAGUCUUGACGCACCCCACGUUGCUCCAAGACCAAAUCUGCCUAAGCGGUUCUCAGUAGCCGAAGAUGGCUUCCGUGAGCUAGAGCGGUCGUCAUCUUCGUCCGGGGAGAGCGCGUGGAUGCCGCCGAGGCGCCGCGGGCGCGACGCGGCCGGCUGCGCGUGCGCCGCGCCCGAAGAUGUAGAGGAGCAUCGUUCUUCUCGUAGCGUCUUUUACGUGCCGGCGCCGCUGCCUCGCUGGCCGCAAGAGAUGACCUCUCGCCAGAUAUAUGAGACGGCCUUUGACUGCAAAAUCGCCCGCUCCGACGAUGACUUGGACGACUUUGAUCGUGUCAGCAACCAUCCAGCCCUUUUACAAGCUGAGGACCGCAAGGUUAUUUCAUCCGCGUCCUCGGCUUUCGAAGCCGUCGAACGCAGUGAACCAGAUUAUAAAGGCCGCCGCAAGGUGACCAUGAAAACUGAUAGCGUACGACGCUCUAAGAUUCCAACAAUCCGUCAAAAGAGGGAAAAUGAGACUGCUUGUGCUCUGUCGGAAGAACUGGAAAAGGUACACAUUGAAGAAGAAGAGCGAACUGCGUCAACUUCUCAACUUCCCCUCAGAGGUUAUACUCCCUCACCACCGUCAACUGCUCCUCUACCCGCAAAAUUUCAAAAAGACGGGUCAGCCAUGAACAGUAUAAAAAGCGCCCCGAAUCUGCCCCAAUCUCAACCAGCGCAUCCUCGUCUUAAAGACUUAAGGUUACCCGUGAAGUCACUGAGGGCUCGGGAAACUCCUACAAGUAGUGACGCAAGUAUGGCUGACGUCAAAGGUUCAGCAUCAACUGAGCUGAAUAUCGGCCAGAGACUGAGGGAUUCCAGUCGCGAGUCCCGAGAUGGUGAGGAGGAGAGGCAAUCAAAAGACGGUAUUUUUUUAGAGAUUAAGGGCCGACCCACUUCCGAUUCAGACACACCUGAACUGAAUCGAUAUUCGGGGCCAAAGGGGGUCGGCCCUAUAAUGGAGUUUAAGGGAAGGCCUGGAGUAGCCCGUCCGCGUCGUAAAUAUUCAAGUACAGAGAGUAUGGCUACAAGCAGUAGUGGAGGAAGUAUGGAAUCACUCCGAAGUAGCAAUAGUGAAGGAGAUCGCAGCAGCAGUAGCUCAGAGAGUCGUCACUCUUCUUCUCUGAGUUCCCACAGCUCGGACUCGGGAAACGUGCCGUUCACUAAAUCUCAUCACAUGCAACUGUCGGGGUUUGGGCACCAUCCAAAUAAACUUCACAUAUUAAGCCCUAUAUCUGAUAAGUCAUCUCAAGAACCUGCUUCCGAAACAUCCGAUAACAACAAAAAUAAUAACUCUCAAAAAGUAUCUCCGGAGGACGCCGAGACUGGAAACACAACAAUACAAACUACUGUUGAAAUUGUAGCGAAGCCAAAACGCCGGGCAUUACAAAACAGGAAUUUAUUGAAUCUUACAUUCAGACAUUCCACGACAGGCGAUGCAGAAAUUCAAGGCUCCGAUAGUGGUAUUUCGAUUCAUUCUAGAGAAGGAGUCGAUUCACGAAAUGCAUUUAUCAAUUUCAAGAAUAGUAACACUGAGGAAGAACGUAAAGAUGAAGAUCUGGAUAUUUCUGACCUUCCAUUCGACAUGCCUAAACUGAGAAGGCGACGAGCCGAAGCCGAAGCCGACCUACGAUCCUUGCCAUUUGAUAUGCCGAAGCUACGCCGAAAACUGCGCGGCCAAUCAUUGCAAUUAAAUAAUGAUUUUGGAGGAGCCAUAUCCAACGCUUCUUCUAGCCAGAGCGUCCAGGAUUUAAAUCAAGGUAACAAGCAUCGAGCAAAACUCACGUUGAACUUUGAGAGUGGCAGCGGCGGUUCGAGCGGUUCUAAAGGAUUGCAUUUGAAUUUGGGUCCUAUUGCUCCGCCGCGGGAUUUGGUUGAUGCUUCUCUCCCACUCGACCGACAGGGGUGGUAUCAUGGUACUUUAACGCGUAUUGAAGCUGAGAGUCUACUUCGGGAUGCUGACGAAGGCGCAUUCUUGGUCCGGAACAGCGAAUCUGCGAAACACGACUACUCACUCAGCUUGAAGUCAACGCGUGGUUUUAUGCACAUGCGUAUUUGCCGUGGAACGGAGGGGUACACUUUAGGAGGUGCUGCGACAGCGUUCCCUACAGUUCCUGCUCUGAUGAAGCACUACGUUACUGCGCAAAGACUUCCAGUGCGAGGAGCAGAGCACAUGGCUCUGUCCACUCCGUUACCAGCGGUUCUACUCUGAAUACUCCAUGACAGUGAAUUGGAAUUUUAUUAUCAAUUCAAGGAGUGAAGACACCAGUUGAUCUGGCCAGUUUGAAGUUCUGUUUCGCUGAUGAAAGCAAUCGGAUAAAAGAGCAUUAUAGUUUGCGCCCUUAGCUUUUCGAUUGCUCAUGGAGCGGGAGAUGUAUAGUUUUAGAUGACCCAGUGAAUAAUACCAAAGAGUUAGUUAACGCUUAGCUAAGAGUAAGCUAAGCGGGAAUGCUUCUUGUACAUUUAGCAAGUCUACACAGCAACAAGAAUACUAUGCUAGUCUGAACACCGCAGCAACCUGUAAUAAGUAACGUAUAAUUUAUUCGCAUAUAAUCAUUAUUUAUUUCACUUAUCGUAUAUACUAUAUCGGUAUAGUUACUUCUGUUUAGUACUUACGCUUUGUAUUACUCAUUAUUUAUCAAUGGUAUCAAUAAGAUAACGUAUAAUUAGUGUUUAUUAAAGUGUACCGAGUCGAAUGACGUAAGCAUUGAUAAUCCAGUAAUAACGAUAAUUGCAUUAUAUUCUACAGUGUAGCGUCGUAUGCAUAUGUUAUAUGAAUCAUUAUUUACUUAAUUACAUACUUAAUCAUUUGCAAUUGUAUUUAUGUAUGUUUAUCCAUAUAAGGCCUAACAGGUGAGAGAGGUGCAACCUCUGCGUAGUAAAUAACGUCAAAGAAUGUGUGUUAUUGAUAAGAUUACUAUUAACUUACGUUAUGUUUGCGUACAUCCAAAACAAUGACAGCAAGCUCGUAUGAAAUUACAAAGGCAGUCAACUGAUUCGUAUUACAUUAUUUACAAUAAUAUAACGUGACAGCGCCACGAUAAAUAGAACCUUGGCACGAAAUACAUAAAGUAUGUAAUUGUAGCGAUCAAAAUACCUAGUGACUCAUCCCUGAGGCCGGGCAGUCACGAAAAGUAUAUCGAUUUUAGUACAAAUUUGUACGCAUAUAACAGUUUGCUUCGUAUUUAUAGUCGAGGAACAUUUACAGCGAUUCGCGGUUUCAUUCACAUAUAAAAUAGUGCGUGAUCCAAACUUAACUGUAUUUGACUAUAAAUACUAGCUAUUUUUAUCGAACCAUAGUUUUUAGAUUACGUAAUAAAAUAGUGUAUUCCAAAGUCCAAACAAACAUUGGCCAAUUUUAAUGGAUUUUAAGUAGAUUAGCUUUCAUACUAAGAUUGGUGUACAGUUCAGCAGAUCAACCUGUUAGAAGUUGACGAAUUUUUUCAAGUAAUUUUGAAAUCAAAUGAAUAAAGACAUAAGUCGAAAAUCCAUUGGGGAAAUUCGCCAUUUUGUGGAAGGUUGAUGUGCUGUCGACUCUACGAAGUGACGAUGUAACCCCAGUAUAAUUGCACAUGGUAUAAUAAUAUUGAUUGAUAGAACUAAAAAGAUUGCACGUGUUAAGUAACAAUCACAUUGACUUAUUUAUAUAUUUUUUGUUAAAUAGGAUUAAGUAGUUUUGUAAUGGUAAUAUUGGGGCCCUUGCUAUUUAUAAAUUCUAGAUUAGUUUGUCACAUGCUACUUGGUUUCGAUUAUAUUUAUCAUAUGUUACAACGAACGUCAAAUCAAGUGAGCCGUGUUGAGAAUUGUGUUCUGUGAUUUUUUUUCUGUAUAAAAGCCAAAAAUGUUGUGUUAAACAUUAAGUUUUGUAUUUAUUGAGAUGUUGCUUUAUUCGUUCGUAUGUAAGCUGAGACGACGCGUUGUGGUGCGACGUUGUCUGUCAAUCAUCUUGUUGCUAAAUAACAGUGAUUAUGUUGCUGCAACAUUUUGUUCCACAACGCGUCACGAAGAACUGCUCUUCAGAUAUUACUUACUAAUAAGUUGUAAAAGAAACGCGAUCUCAAGCAAUCUUCCUCCGGUUGAUUCAGUUACCUUAGACUUAAUUUGUGUUAAUUUGUACCUGAUUUUAAAAUUAAUACCUACGUUGAUUGAGACUUACAAACUAAUUUUAACAGAUUUAUUUUGUUACGUGAAUAAUUUAGGAUCAGUAGUAAUAUUUAAUCUGUAGAUGUGUAUGAGAACAAGCGAAUUUUGAUGUAUGUGAGGAGUUUUUAUGUACGUAAUAUACUAAACCACCGCAAAGCAGCUUAAGCAAGCGAGCAACUAAUUUUAAUAUAUUUUAAUACAUAGUAAUGUAAUGUAAUCGUAAAGACUUUGAAACAUGAAUUAGAAAAAUCGCUGAAAAACUAUGUAAGUACUGCCUGUCGUUAUGCCAAGUCGCGACUCUAAGGUUUAUAUCAAUUCGAUUGCUGAUUCUCCAAGAGACUAGUUUCAUGUUUUGAAGUCUUAAGCAGUAAUGUAUGUAGUAAGCCCGUAAAGGAACGUAGGAUAUCGAUACUGGGAAGAAAAUUACUUAUAUUGGAAGUUUUUGAAACGUGUCAAAAUUUUUUCAAAAGACGUAGGUCCAGGUUGGGUGUUAGGUAAAAAUUAUAGCUUAUAGUAGUUAUAAUCAAUUGUAAUUUGAAGGUGUAGUUUGAAAUUGAUGACAAAAUAAAUUCCAUAAAAAUAAUAAAA